CCUCGGCGGCCACAGGGGGCCGGGGAGGAGGAGGAAGAGGCGGAGGCAGCGGCGGCGGCCGCGAGGAGGAGGAGGAGGAGGCUUCGCUCGCUCGCUCCGACGCAGACAUGGUGGACUGAUCCCCGGCGGGGCCGAGAGCAGGGUUUCCGGAGGCGCCCCCCGCGCGCGGCCCCGCCGCGCCCCGCGCCCCGCAGCCCCUCGCCGGCGCCCGCGUCGGGUGCGGCGGCCGGGCCGGGCAGUCGCGUUCCCGCCGCGUCCCGCGCCCGGUCCCUAUGGAGGCGCCGCUCGCCGGCGAGGCCGCCGACCAUGCCUAGGAGGGCCGGGAGCGGGCAGCUACCGCUACCCCGGGGCUGGGAGGAGGCCAGGGACUACGACGGCAAGGUCUUCUACAUCGACCACAACACCAGGAGGACCAGCUGGAUCGACCCCCGGGACAGGUUAACGAAGCCCUUGUCGUUUGCUGAUUGUGUUGGGGAUGAACUGCCGUGGGGAUGGGAAGCAGGGUUUGACCCUCAGAUUGGUGUCUACUACAUCGAUCACAUCAACAAAACCACACAGAUUGAAGAUCCAAGGAAGCAAUGGAGGGGGGAACAGGAGAAGAUGCUCAAGGACUAUCUCUCGGUGGCUCAGGAUGCCCUCAGGACACAGAAGGAGCUGUACCACGUGAAGGAGCAACGACUGGCUUUGGCCCUAGACGAAUAUGUACGGUUAAAUGAUGCCUAUAAGGAAAAGUCAAGUUCCCGCACAAGCUUAUUCUCAGGAUCUUCAUCCAGUACUAAAUAUGAUCCCGAUAUUUUAAAAGCUGAGAUCUCCACUACGCGAUUAAGGGUUAAAAAGCUGAAGAGAGAGCUCUCACAGAUGAAGCAAGAAUUGCUCUAUAAAGAACAAGGCUUUGAAACAUUGCAACAAAUUGAUAAAAAAAUGUCUGGAGGCCAGAGUGGCUAUGAACUUAGUGAAGCCAAAGCCAUUCUAACUGAACUGAAAUCUAUCAGAAAGGCUAUUAGCUCAGGAGAAAAAGAGAAACAAGACCUGAUGCAGAGUCUUGCUAAGCUGCAGGAGCGGUUUCAUUUGGAUCAGAGCAUGGGCAGAUCUGAACCUGACUUGAGAUCCAGUUCUGUGAACUCUCAUUUAUCUCUCUCCAGACAGACCCUUGAUGCCGGGUCACAAACAAGCAUUUCCGGAGAUAUUGGAAUGAGAAGUAGAUCAAAUUUAGCUGAAAAGGUCAGGCUGAGCCUACAGUACGAAGAAGCCAAAAGAAGUAUGGCCAACUUAAAAAUUGAAUUGUCGAAAUUGGACAGUGAGGCCUGGCCGGGAGCGCUGGAUGUUGAGAAGGAGAAACUGCUGCUGAUGAAUGAGAAAGAAGAACUUUUGAAGGAGCUUCAGUUCGUCACUCCGCAGAAACGCACUCAAGAUGAACUGGAGCACCUGGAGGCCGAAAGGCAGCGGCUGGAGGAGGAGCUGCUGUCGGUGAGGGGCGCCCCGAGCCGGGCUCUGGCCGAGAGAUUGAAAUUGGAAGAGCGAAGAAAAGAGCUGCUACAGAAACUUGAAGAAACUACUAAAUUAACUACUUAUUUGCAUUCACAACUUAAAAGCCUCUCUGCCAGCACCCUGUCCAUGUCCUCUGGGAGCAGCCUGGGUUCCCUGGCCUCCAGUCGGGGGUCUCUGAACACCUCCAGCAGAGGGUCACUCAAUUCCCUCAGUUCCAGUGAGCUCUAUUACAGUAGUCAAGGCGACCAGAUAGAUGCGGAUUAUCAGUAUAAACUGGACUUCCUUCUGCAGGAGAAAGGUGGUUACAUUCCUUCUGGACCCAUCACCACCAUCCAUGAAAACGAAGUGGUUAAGUCCCCUAGCCAGCCUGGCCAGAGUGGUCCCUGUGGGGCAGCAGCUGCAGCAACGGGCCACACCCCCCCACUGACCGAGGCCCCCAAGUCUGUGACAUCCCUGUCCUCAAGGUCCUCCCUUUCCUCCUUGUCCCCUCCUGGCUCUCCCUUGGUCUUGGAAGGCACAUUUCCCACGGCGUCUCAUGACGUCCCUCUCCAUCAGUUCACUGCUGACUUUGAAGACUGUGAAUUGAGUAGCCAUUUUGCAGACAUUGGCCUCGGUGACAGUCAGAUAUUGCUGGAUACUGACUCAGGAGGAGCGUCCGAGUCUCUUUUAGAAGAUAAAGACCUCAGCGAAUGUGCUAGGGGGCCGCUAUAUGAAGGAACUACAGAUGUGGAAAAAUCGUUACCAAAAAGAAGGGUAAUCCACUUGCUUGGGGAGAAAACCGCUUGUGUGUCGGCUGCUGUGUCUGAUGAGUCUGUGGCUGGAGACAGCGGGGUCUACGAGGCUUUCGUGAAACAGCCAAGUGAGGUUGAAGAUGUUACAUACAGUGAGGAGGACGUUGCCAUCGUGGAGACUGCCCAGGUGCAGAUUGGACUCAGAUAUGAUGCAAAGAGGUCAAGUUUCAUGGUGAUUAUAGCACAACUCCGAAAUCUUCAUGCCUUCUUGAUACCUCAUACUUCAAAAGUAUAUUUUAGGGUUGCUCUACUCCCCUCCUCAGCUGAUGUCAGCUGUCUGUUUCGAACAAAAGUCCAUCCAGCCAUGGAAUCCAUUUCAUUCAACGAUAUGUUCAGAGUGGCCAUUUCCCAAACCACCUUACAGCAGAAGACGCUGAGAGUAGACCUUUGCUCUGUUAGUAAGCACCGAAGGGAAGAAUGCCUGGCUGGAACUCAGAUCAGCCUGGCAGAUUUACCAUUUUCCAAUGAGAUUUUCACUCUGUGGUAUAACUUGCUUCCUUCUAAACAAAUGCCUUGUAAAAAGAAUGAAGAAGAAAAUGAGGAUUCUGUAUUUCAACCAAACCAACCAUUAGUAGAUUCUAUAGACUUGGAUGCAGUGUCGGCCUUACUUGCAAGAACAUCAGCCGAGCUGUUGGCUGUGGAACAAGAAUUAGCACAAGAAGAAGAAGAAGCAGAGCCGGGGCCGGAAGAAGAACAGAGGGGUCCCGAAGGAGACUGGUUAGCAAUGCUGAGAGAGGCCUCCGAUGAAAUUGUGGCUGAAGAAGAGGCUGAAGUCAAAUUGCCAGAGCACAGUAGCUGUGCAGAGGGCUUAAGUUCAUGCCCAAGUGUGCCUGAGAUGAAUGAAGACAUGAGUGGGAAAGACAACAGCUAUGCCAAAGACCUUGGAAGCCAGCCACCUGCUGGGACACCCACCCUGGUUGAUAAAGAGACGAAUACGGACGAGGCAGGUAAUGCCAGUCUGACAGUUCGCCCCAAGGACCGCGGCGGCCUGAGCGCUCGGCAGCGCCCCUUCGUGAGGAGCAGCGUGAUCGUGCGCUCGCAGACCUUCUCGCCCGGAGAGCGGAACCAGUACAUCUGCAGGUUAAAUCGAAGUGACAGUGACAGUUCAACCCUGGCUAAAAAAUCACUGUUUGUGAGAAACUCCACUGAACGGCGCAGUUUGAGGGUCAAAAGGGCGGUUUGCCAACCAGUCCUUAGGAGAACAGCACAAGAAUGCCCAGUACGUACAUCUCUAGACUUAGAACUGGAUCUUCAGGCAUCUCUAACCCGGCAGAGUCGCCUCAAUGAUGAGCUGCAGGCCCUGAGGGGCUUGAGGCAAAAGCUGGAGGAACUGAAAGCUCAGGGAGAGACUGACCUUCCGCCAGGUGUGCUGGAAGAUGAGAGAUUCCAGAAGCUCCUGAAAGAAGCCGAGAAGCAGGCUGAACAGUCAAAAGAAGAGCAGAAGCAAGGUUUGAAUGCGGAGAAAUUGAUGAGGCAAGUCUCCAAGGACGUGUGUCGGCUCCGGGAACAGAGCCGGAAGGUGCCUCGGCAGGUGCAGUCCUUCAGGGAGAAGAUUGCCUACUUCACCAGAGCAAAGAUCAGCAUCCCGUCCCUGCCGGCAGAUGACGUGUGAUGGCAUCACUGAUGAAAGUACUUUUUCACCUGUUCAUUUCUUAGGGAGGGUGAAAGACUGAACAUUUGUUCUGUUUUUAGGUUUUUUUUUUUUUUUGUAAUAUAAAUGUCAACUCUUAAAGAGCUUUUAUUUCACAUCAGAUUUUCAACAUGUUAAUUUGUAAAGUACCUUGAAUGUAAUUCCUAUAUGUUUAAAAAAGAAAAAAAAAAUCAGAUAACCAAAAUGGGAUAAUCUCGUACACAGAUGUUGUACAGUCUGUAUGUAAUGCCAGUGGGCUUUAUUUUGUAAAAAUGGACUAGAGGCAGGACCCAGUGUGCAUCCUAUCGAACCGACUGUUGAGAGAGAGCUUGGUUGAGCAGAAGGGGGUGUCUGCCUUUCCUUUGAGUUCUUGUGAGGACACUGGGAAGAUGGCAGGGGCGCCACGUGCUGUUUUUGUACUAGAGAGCAGUUCUUGCAGUGUGAAGUUAGACGUGAGGGAGGAUAAGCUUCGUACAGAGCUCCCAGUCCACCUGAAACAGGUGCGGCCUUCAUUUCUGUCGCCUAUGUUGGAACACUUUGUUUCCAUAAAACAGUUUCCUUUUGUCCUUUUCUAUUUGUCUAAAGAAAACAAAAACGAAAUGCUGAAUGCAAGAAUAUAAGAAUGCAAAGGAGCAAUACUCCUGGCCUCACUAAAGUUCUUGUGAUUUAUGACAUUAAGGGGAGGGAGAAAGCCAGUUACCUGAAAAUACACGAAAACAAACUCAUCAGCUGAGCAGCUGCUGCUUCUAACUCAACCUGAAUUUGUGUAAGUGUUCAAACGUGAGUUUCUGGGUUGCACCAAUAUGUUUUGUCCUAGGUGUGAGGAUGGUACCUAGUGGAGGAAUGUGGGGGCCCAGCGUCUACGGCCAGACUACAGGUGAUGUGGGGGGAACGCAUCAGCACUUAUUUGUUGAAACCAGGGACAAAGGAAAGGCUAUCUUGAUUGAAUCAAAAGUUGCCAAAAAUUUAAAAAGAUACUUUAUUAAACAGUUUUCUAACAUUUACUAGAAAUUACUUUGCAGCUCUCGUGUUUGGGGGAUCGUAUCUAUAAUUUAUGGUAAGGAAUUGGGAGGCAAAGAGAAGAGUGUGCCUGGGGAGAUUAUUAAUUUCAAGUAUAGGCUAAGUCGUUGGUUUAAAAAAAACGCCAUUCUAGAUGAACAAGUUUAGAGAUAUAAACGGACUGAAGUAUCCUCCAGUAUAGAAUUUUAGCUUACCCAGCUCAGGCACUUCUUAAAAGAAACAGAUCCCCAUUGUCACUCUGCCAGCAUAAAGGCUUCUAAAAUAAAUAGUAUUUAUGCAAUUUAAAUCAUACUUAUUACUCAAUCUGUUAUACUGCAAGAGGCAGGUUUUGGUUAGCCAUCUUAUAUAGCAAAGUAAAUGAAUUUUUUUUUUUUAGAAAUGCAAAAAUCAUCUUAAAGGAAUGGGCCCCUUAAAAAAUUCACACACACAAGUUCUAUUCCUAAGCUAGAAUCGUCAUUGGCAAGAAUUUUUAUUUUCUUGAAAGUAAUCAUAUUUUGGAAAGUUCAUUUUAUCAGAAUCAAAAUUCAAAUUAAGCAAUUUCUGAGCCUAGAACUUUAAUUACUUUUUCCUAAGUGUCCCACCACGUAUAUACAAAUGUCUUUGAAGCUAUAACUGGACGUGACACUACUUUGAACAAAACCCAGCCUCAUGAAGUGACUGAGCACAGUCCUUCAAGGCUGCCCAUUUCAUUCUGUCAGAUGACUAAGGAAAACUAGAAAAAGAGUACCAUUCAUCCUUGUCAAGGUCAAAUGUGAAAGACAGAAGUUUAUUUAAUGUAGAGUUAAAUGAAGGUCAGCUGUUUUCAGCUUCUUAGUUUGACCAUGAAAAUGUUUAUAGAAUUAUGUGUAGUUGUACCGUACGAUUUUAUUUUCUUCAUUUAUUUAUUUACGGUCUUAUUUAUGUUCUGUUUAAUAUAUAGUUCGGUUCUGGCCAUUUUAAAUGUUUGACAUAGAAGAGGCUAUAUUGGAAUAUUUACAGCUUUAUAAAUCUUCAUCAUAUUAGCUGUUAACUUUUUGUAAUACAAAAAGUUUCAGACAAGUAUAAAAGAAUAAAAUCUGUCUCAGGCUGGUAGUUAACAGUUGUGACCAAGAUGCUUUUGGUUUUAUUUUAUAAAAUUUGCUCAUUUCUAACAUGAGAGAUAAACUUAUUUUAAUGUAAUCUUUUUCCACACUUUAAAAAUCAGCAAUAGUGUUAUGUAUUUAUAGGCAGCUUUUAACAAUCCUGUCAUAUUUGUACUAACCCAAAUGAUUCACAAUGAUAAAACAUUUUAAUAACUUGAUCACAAAACCAUAUGGACAAUACGAAUUUUAAUAUUAUAAAUACUAUUUUUUAAACGUAGAAUUUAUUCUGCACAGGGUAAAAAGAAUGUAAUAUUUAGUUCUCAAGUUUGAAUUAUCAGUAUGUUAUUACAAUUUUGUAUAUCAGAAUCUAAGUGUUACAGGUACAAAAAGAAUAUUGCUAGCCAAAUGAACAACGUUUAGCUGAAUCUCUGUAGCAUGCAAAUCAAAUAAAUUUAAAAUCUUUUUUUUUUUUGCUAUUACUUUAUCUAUAUUGUAUUAAAUAUCAAAAGCUCAGGACUGAACUAAAUAUUUAAUCAGGUUAAAUUCUGAAUAUGUUUCUGUUUUAAUUUGUCUUGUUUGUAAAAGUAUGCAAAUACAUCACAUAGAUUAACUUUG